AUCUGUAGAUAUCAAUAGGUAUCACUGAGUAUCAGCUGAUUUCUCGUUGGGCAUGAGUUCUCGCCGCUUCAUAAGAGGAUUCAGCUUUAUUGCUGUCGGUCUGUUACUGUGUGCCUGUGGGGCCGUCUUCCAUCCCAAUCUCCAACGCGAUCCUACGGAACUGCGAGUGGAGGAAGUGAACGAGUUGCAUGGGCAGGUCAGAGAAUGGAAUGAAGAGUCAUGGGUAAACAUAAAACCCUCGAAUGACCUUCGAUGGAUGGAUUGUUAUCCUGGUGGAUUCCAAUGUGCUCGUUUACUGGUCCCUCUGGACUACAACAACCCCGGAAAAGACACGGCAGCAAUCGCACUCGUUCGUCUGCCAGCUAGCGUACCAACCAACAGUUCAGAAUAUCUUGGUCCCAUCUUAUUCAAUCCAGGAGGUCCAGGAGGGAGUGGUGUAGAUCUUGUCAGGGCGUUGGGAGCGAAUUUCACAUCGGUCUUGGGCGACCAGUUUGAUAUCGUUGGAUUUGACCCUCGUGGCGUAUCCCGGUCAACUCCACGUGUCUCGUUCUAUGAAUCACGCGUCGAGAGGAAACUGUGGGCCACGGCUGGCGUCGGAGAACUCAAUCAUUCAGCCAUAACAGUCGGAAGUUCAUGGGCUCGAAAUAAGAUUACGGGGCAGCUAGCUGUGGAGAGGGAUCGGAACGUUUUGGCUCAUAUUAACACGGAUCAUACUGCUAGAGAUAUGUUACGGAUCACCGAAGCUCAUGGAAGAGAGAAGUUGCAAUAUUGGGGUUUCUCGUACGGAACCGUCCUUGGGUCUACCUUUGCUGCUAUGUUCCCCGACAAAGUCCACCGAUUAGUUAUUGACGGGGUUGUUGACGUAUCAGACGACUACUACACCACCAAAUGGACAACGAACCUCCGAGAUACCGACAACGUCUUGCAGUGGUUCUUCAAAGACUGCCUCAAAGCCGGUCUGGAAAACUGCGCAUUCUACGAACCCUCGAUCGAAGCCAUGAACACCAAACUCAACGACUUGUACUCUGCCAUCAUCCACUCUCCCGUUUCCGUCAAAACCAACUCCUCUUACGGCAUAGUCGAUUAUGCACGGGUACGAUCAACGAUCUUUAGGGCGUUUUACAAGCCUUUUGCGAUAUGGCCCAUGCUGGCGACUGGGCUACAGGACCUAGUGGACGGGAAUGGAACGGCGUUAUACAAUAUCCUGGACAACUCACGCUUCCGGUGCUCUUGCGAUCCACUGGAACAUGCGUUUGAUAGUGUUGAGGAUGCGACGACGGCUAUUGCAUGUAAUGAUGGGGAUCCGAUUCCGUCUGGUCUGGAAGAUGCUUUUGAGCAUUAUAGAGAGGUUUUGAGGGUUUCGGAGUGGGGGUCUGUUUGGGCAGGUAUUAGAAUGACGUGUGGGGGUUGGUCGCCGGAUAUUCCCAAGACACAGUUCCGAGGGCCCAUCGUUGGGAACACUAGUUUUCCGCUCUUGCUUAUCGGUAAUACUGCUGAUCCGGUUACACCUCUAUGGGCUGCACACAAAGUUUCCAAAGGAUUCCCUGGAUCUGUUGUUUUAUCCCAAGACUCUGCCGGACACUGCUCACUAUCUGCACCUUCCAUCUGCACAGCUCGUGCUGUUCGAGAAUACUUUGUGAAUGGGACUUUACCGAAAGAUGGGACAAUCUGUCCUGUCGUUGGCACGCCGUUCGUUCCCAGUCCGGAAAAAAGACUUGGAGGCGCUGAUUCCCCGGUUGUUGAUUCUGGGAGUCAGAAUCAGGCCCCGCUCGGGUUGGAUACGGAAGAGCAAGAUAGGGGGCUUUUGAAGGCUUUGGAGGGUCUUACGAGAUUCAGACUUGGUGGAGAGCAUGGAUUCGGAACGACGCCACCGCUUCAUGUUUAGAAAAAGGCCCCGAUUCUUUUGAGGCGGCGACUCCUUGAAACUUAUCUUGCGUUUCAUCAAAUCGUAACUCUCCCCAUCUCCCUCUUU